ACAGAUCAAUGUGUGAAAUGUUUUUUUUUUCUACAUACCAUCAUUUCAUUUUCUUUUUAUCUCAUGUUUCAUUUAGUUAUGCACAUUUUUGUAUUACCUACAACUUGACAGCAUUUUAAGAAGGAAUAAAAACUUCACAAAUACGUUGCGUAGUUCAAAGUCACAUCAAUAAAGCUUGUACAAUUUGAACAACUGGUGCGAUCUUAUGCACACACCUUAUGCAUUAGAUAUAUAUAUACACACACACCUAAUUACUAAUAAGUGCACCUAAACACGUCUAAACUGUAUUCCUGUAGCCUUAUGGGAGGUCUAGUUUAAAACAUUGUAGCUCAUAUAGAGGUGCACCUAAACACGUCUAAACUGUAUUUCUACAAAGUUGCAAGCACGACUCUGCCUGACUUGUGCUCAUUUCUUUCAUCGAUUCGAACUAAAAGUGCCUCUGAAACCAAGUCUAGGACCUGCCUUGGAGAAGUGUUAAAGUAUAAGAAACGCUAUUCUAACAAAAGACAAUUCUUCACAUUACUGGCAAAUACGUUGUCAAGAUUCUCAAAAAAAGAAAACAGAGUAGCCAGGGAUUCACAAUGAAGUGGUUAACAAUGAAUGGGUCCACAAUGAAGGGGUAUGCAGCGACAAACAGGGAUCUGAACGGACAAAUGUACACCCAGAGACCUCAAGGCUCUGUCCUCUCUGCCCAUGACAUUAGUUACAGUGUCAAGGUGACCUCAACCUACUGCAGAACCACAGACAAACAGAUACUGUUCAAUAUCACUGGUAUAUUCAAACAAGGUUUAACAGCGAUCCUCGGGCCAACCGGUUCUGGAAAAUCUACACUACUCGAUGUGCUGGCUGGCAGGAAGGACUCAAAAGGUGUUUCUGGUCAUCUACUCCUAGAUGGACAACCUUUGCCACACAAUGUCAAGUGCUUGAUGGGAUACGUUGUUCAGGAUGAUGUUGUUAUGAGCACCCUGUCUGUCAGAGAAAAUCUCGCUUUCUCCGCUGCACUUAGAUUGCCAUCAUCAAUGACACCUUUAGACAGACAAUCCCUGAUCAACAAAAUUAUUAGGGAACUUGGACUAGAUAGAUGUGCAGAUACAAAGGUCGGCGAUGAAUUCAUCCCAGGUGUGUCAGGAGGAGAAAGAAAGAGGUGUAGCAUUGGAAUGGAACUGAUUAUCUCCCCUCCAGUACUAUUUUUAGAUGAGCCCACAACAGGUCUAGAUUCUAGCACAGCCAGCUCUAUUCUGUUUUACUUGAAAAGAAUAUCAAGAAAUGGAAGAACUAUCAUAUUAUCUAUUCACCAACCUAGAUACUCCAUCUACAGCCUGUUUGACAGUCUCAUGUUACUGUCUCAAGGUCGCACAGUCUAUCAUGGUCCUUCACAUGAAGCUUUGGAUUUUUUUGCUACUCAAGGAUUUCUUUGCGAAGAACAUAACAAUCCUCCAGAUUUUUUUCUGGAUGUCAUCAAUGGAGAUCUGACCACAUUUGGGAGUGAAAUGUGUAUUGAUAAGGAAGCUAGACCAACAGAUGUGACUCAGACCAAACAGGACAUUUUAGUUGAAGGAUUUAAAUAUUCCCUUUGGAAUAAAAGGCUGCAAGAGGAAAUUCACAAAAUCGUCUCUGCAUUUCAAGAGAACUUUGAAGAGAACAAUGUCACUAUCGACUAUGUCACUUCUUUCGUACAUCAACUGACUGUUGUGGGUGACAGAGCUGUAAAGAACUUAAUAAGACAUCCACAGACAUGUGUCAUCACUGUAACCACUUCCCUGGUGUUAGCAGUCAUCACAGCCGCCAUUUUCUGGCAACUAAAUGAAGACCCUAAUAAAGCAUUUCAAGACAGAGCUGGUGUUUUAUUUUUCCUGGUCAACAACCAUGUGUUUACUAACGUGUCUGCAUUGGGAGUCUUCAUCCACGGGAGGAAACUAUUCAUGCAUGAGAACAUCGGUGGCUUCUAUCGUGUCUCUGUCUUUUUCUUGGUCAAAAUUGUGUUGGACAUCAUUCCACUGCGUAUGAUUCCAGUCAUCAUUUUUUCGGGAAUAGUUUACUUUGCUGUGGGUUUGAACUCUGGAGCUGAUCACUUCUUUCAACUGGUUUCCUGCUUGUUCUGUACCACAGUAGCUUCAGCCAGUCUUUGCUUCCUUAUUAGUGCUGUGAUCAGAAACUUCACAGUGGCUCAAGCCUUACUCAGCCUGUGCUAUAUACUUAUGAUGCUUCUGGGAGGAUUUUUCAUCAACUUUAACUCAAUAGGUCCAUGGCUGAACUGGGCACAGUACUUGAGUUUGUUUAAAUAUGCCCAAACAAUUCUCUUCAUAAAUGAGUUUAAAGACAGACUAUUUUGUAAUAGUACUUACUGUGUAAGUGGUAACACCUACCUGGCAACACAAGGCAUAGCGUUUGAAAGUGAUUGGGACUUGCAAAAAAAUUAUCUGGCACUAGUAUUCUACACCAUCAUUUUAUUCACUUUGUCUUAUGUUCGACUGAGAACUCUGCAGAAAACACGUUAAGUCCCAAUUCAAGGAAAUUUAAUCAGAUUGAUUCUACAUUGAUAUAAGUCACAAAUAACUCCAAUUUAAACAUUGACGGGAAACCAAUAGGAAUUUCAGAUUAGUUUGUCAUUUUAGCUCUCGUGUUUAUGUUUGUAAUCUUAUCACAGCAUCUUGAGCCUACAUUUUGUUUCUUAGCAGCGUUUUAUAAGUAAAAUUAUUAUUAUUAUUUACAUCUAAAUGGUAUGGAAAAAGUUCUUGGUGGACAUUUGGAUAUUUAAACUUCGUUUUAAUAUAUGUAAUUAUUACAUCUAGGGCCUACUACACAGUUCAUUACACUGAGAACUUAUUCUAAUAACAACAGAAGCUGAGAAAAACGUGUUGAAGAUUCCUAUCUAUGGCAGAUAACUAGAAAUAACUUUUGUUUUGGACAAUCCGUUGUACAGAAUAGAGAAAGUGUUGAUAAUUGAGUCAUUUUCAAAGGAUUACGAGAUUUUCGUUUCUCUUGUUAGUACUUUGUAAAGUCCAAUAUCUAAGCUCUUCACUUGUAGCAUAGACUAUGUUAUAGUAUUUCGUUGGAAACAAAUAGUGGCCUUUCAUUUUGACUUCAUUGACAUUGCUUAGUUCUUUUCCUAUUUUUUUAAAAUUUAGGUUUCAUUACAUCGCCUCCAUAUUUCUCUUUAUCGUUUUAUUUUCUUUUUAUAUGUUGCUGUAAAUAUUGCUUAAAGAAAGUGCAUGUAAACUGAAUCUGUUAAAAAAUAAAAUAUUAUAUUUACAUUGACAAAUAUUAAUGCGAAAAGACCGGUAACUUCAUUCAUAUUUUAAAAUAAUCAAAGUCCAAUAUUUGUAUUUCUUUAAACCAUUGUGGCAUAUCAAGCAACAAAUACAUACUAUGAAACAUUAUAUCGUCAUUGUACAAUUUUUGAUAUUUAAUU